AGGGGCGCCCCCCCCCGCCCCUGCCUGGAGGGCCGCCGCGGCCCCAUGGGCUGGCGCCGCCCAGCGGCGAGCCUUGCGCAUGCUGCGGCUGGCGGGCCUCGCGGCGGCGGGGGCAAGCGGAUUCGCGGCGCCGCGGCGGCGGAGCUGCGUGACGGCGGUGCUGAACUAUCCCGACGGCCGGCGCCUGGGCUGCGGAGCGGGUGCCACAUCGGCGGCGGCGCCGGUGCGGGGGACCUCGAGGACGUGCUGUCGCCCACGCACGUGCGCGUGCGGUCUGCGCGCGGGGCGGGCGCGUCGCUGGGCGCCGAGGGCUUUGCGCUCAGCGCAGGGCUGGCUCCGCUCCCGCCGGGCCUGCGGGCGCGGGACGAGGACGCGCUCGCCGAGGCCUGCUACGACGAGGCGGCGGCGCUGGUGCGGCAGUGCACGGGUGCAGAUGUGGCGUUCGUGUACGGCCACGCGCUGCGAGAGGGGCGCGGCGGAGUGCCUGCGGAGGAGCACCGCGGUGCCCUGCCCGGCCCCGUGGCGCGCGUGCACUGCGACUACACCGCCGCCUCGGGACACCAGAAGCUGCAGAGGCUGGCGGCGCAGGGGCUGCUGCCCGGUGCGGCGCUGCGCUGGGCCGCAGGGCGGCUGCGGGCGGCGCUCGGCCUGGCCCCGCUCGCGCCGCGCCCGCCGCGCCUGCGGCGCUUCGCCCUGGUGAACGUGUGGCGCAGCCUCGCCGAGGGGCGGGUGAUGGCGUGGCCGUUGGCGGUGUGCGCGGCGGGCAGCGUCGACCUGGCGGCGCACGCCUGGCCCUACGUCAUGGAGUGGUCGGACCAUGGUGCCCAGGCAGACGGCACGAUCAUGGUCCUCGAGAGCACCGGGAGCGCGCGCCACGAGUGGAGCUACUACCCAGGGAUGACGUCGGAGGAGGCGCUGAUGUUCAAGGUGUUCGACUCCGUCGAGGAGGGCGAGCCGCGCUUCGUCUUCCACACCGCCUUCGACGACCCGACCACGCCGCAGGGCGCGCCGCCAAGGCUCAGUGCAGAGAUACGCGUCCUGGCCGCCUGGGAGUGACCGCGGGCGGCCCCUUCGAGGGGCGGGGCCCGCUGCGCGGCGGGCGGUGCCACACGCGCGCGGAGACGCGGGUCGCCCAGCGGCCCAGCCUCGGUCCUUCCUCUCUUCAAGGGGGGAAAAAGACACACACAGACACAAUUAAUCGCCGUCGAUUCCCCCG